GUGCUGUGCUUGAAGAAGGGAGAGUUGCUGAAGCAGGUGUUUGCGCUCGGCAGAGCAGCAACACCCAGAGAAAGCCGUCUGUGCGCUGCAGGUGAUGCGCUCCUGAGUUGCCAGAGACACUACAGAGCCCGUCCUACGCACGGAAUUGGGAGGUUUAAAUACCUGCUCCCAAAGGAGGCUCCAAAGAAGAAAAAGGAUCGAGUACAGAUGAAAAAGAUCAAUGUUGGGACUGAACACGAGUAUGGAGACAUCAACAUCCAGAUGACUUCCUACGAUCUGUGCCUCGUGGAGCAUUUUGCUCAGUACGUGCACCGGCUCUGCAACCGACUCUCCGUCCGAGUGAACGAAAGCUACGCCAUGCCCACCAAAACCAACGAAGUGCUGUUCUUGGAAGAGCGAGGUUCCAAAAUGCAGCUGGAUGCGGUCCUUACUACCCAUCAGAGGGUUGUCCAGAUCAGCGGCUUGAGCUCCACGUUUGCUCCGAUACUCUUGGAAAUUAUUCAGAGCAGCCAGCCUGAAGGGGUCCAUCUGUUAGUGAAAGAG